UCAAUAAAAAAAUAAAUUAUAAUUUGAUGGACCGGCCCACACGUAAACAAUUGGACCGAGUGGCCUAUUAUACAAAUUCAAUAGACUUGGAGCUGAAGAAAAUGAAAACCCAGAAAUUACAGCAAGAAAGUUCAAAUUCACCGGAGUAAUGGCGAUGGCGCUGAGGCGUGGGUUGGGGACAUCACUGCCGGCGAAUAUGAGGUGGAUUGCAGUCACAAAACCCUUGAUUCCUUGUCGCUAUUCCUCGUCGCCGCAUAAAUGCGCUUCGGUGGCGGCUCCGGUUCUGCCUUACGACGUCGAUUUAGCCACGGUGGCACGAGUUGAGACGCUACCGAAUCUGCUUCGGCCGCGCGUCGUCGUCUACGACGGCGUUUGCCACCUCUGCCACACCGGAGUAAAAUGGAUCAUUGGAGCUGACGUAGACAAGAAAAUCAAGUUCUGUUGUGUGCAAUCAGAAGCUGCCGAGCCUUACAUGAAGAUUUGUGGACUGGAACGAGAAGAUGUUCUUAGUCGAUUCCUAUUUGUUGAGGGUCCCGGUUCAUAUCACCAAGGCUCUGCUGCUGCUUUGAAGGUUUUAUCGUAUUUACCCCUGCCUUAUUCUGCACUGAGUGCUCUGUUGAUUGUUCCACGUCCUCUGAGAGAUGCCGUUUAUGAUUACGUGGCGAAACGGCGUUAUGACUGGUUUGGGAAAGACGAAGAUUGCUUAGUCUUGAAGGAAACUGAGUUGCUUGAGCGCUUCGUCGAUUGGGAAGAACUGCUUAAGCGUUCACGCUCUCAACAGCUAUGAGAGUGUCGCAACAAGUAAUGAGUGAUGAGUGAUGAGUGACGAGAGAUUCUUCUUGCACGAAGACUGUAAAUAUACGAGUAUAAACCCUCUUCACUAAAGGAUUUUCAUAACCAUGUGUAGAUAGAUAGGCUACAAUGGGAUUUUAACUGCUACUAGUAAUUUUUCAUUUUAUUAUGGAAAUUGCACAUGUAGAAGGAAAUCGAAUAUUUGUAGCGGCUUGUUGUUUCGACUCC